AUGAAGGGGUUUUGUCUCUGGAUUUUUACCCUAACUGUGGGUGUUGCUGCUGCCCAGUUUUGCCCCAAAAGAUGCUUGUGCCAGAACCUUGCUCCAUCCUUGGCAAUUCUGUGUGCUAAAACAGGACUGCUGUUUGUCCCUGCAGUGAUAGAUCGUCGAACUGUGGAAUUAAGGCUCACUGAUAACUUCAUCACAAUAAUCCGCAGGAAGGAUUUCACCAACAUGACCCGAUUACUCCACCUUACACUCUCAAGAAACACCAUCAGCCACAUCACACCUUACACAUUUGCUGAUCUGCGUGGACUGCGGGCUUUACACUUGGACAACAAUCGUAUACUAUCGAUGGGAGAUGAGCAGCUCAAAGGACUAAUGAACCUUAGACAUCUUAUCCUUAGCAACAACCAGCUCAGUAACAUAUCACCAAAUUCUUUCCAGGAUUUUGUGGGUACUCUAGAAGAUCUAGACCUUUCCUACAACAACCUGGCUCAAAUUCCUUGGCAGACCAUAGCCAAAUUGACCAAUGUAAACUCUCUAAGCCUUGACCACAAUCUUAUUGACUAUGUUCCUGGAGGAGUCUUUACAAACCUUCACAAAUUGGCUAGGCUGGACAUGACUUCCAACAAACUAAAGACUAUUCCCCCAGAUCCUUUGUUUCUUCGCAUCCCUGUCUACGCAAAGUCCAAAGGGUCACCACUGUCAUCACUUGUUCUGGGAUUUGGAGGAAAUCCUUUGCAUUGUAACUGUGAGCUUUUAUGGCUUCGGAGGUUGACUAGGGAGGAUGAUUUAGAAACCUGUGCAUCACCGACAAACCUUCUAGGAAAAUAUUUUUGGAGUAUAUCAGAGGAAGAAUUUAUGUGUGACCCUCCUGUUGUCACCCACCACCACUCACUUCACACAGCAGUUAUGGAGGGAGAAGCAGUUGUCCUGAAAUGCAAAGCUGUGGGUGACCCUGAGCCUACCAUUCACUGGGUGUCACCUGAGGGCAAAGUGGUUUCAAAUUCCUCUAGAGCUGUCUCCUACGAAAAUGGCACAUUGGAGAUUACCAUCACUACUGUAAGAGACACAGGCUUGUUCACUUGCAUUGCGUCCAAUACUGCUGGGGAUGCAACAGGGUCUGUACAGUUGACAGUAAGUCCCCUACCUCAUCCAGCCAAUGCCAGUCAAAGAGCACAAAGACCAGAUAAGGGGCCUUCUGAUAUCCUUACACAAGCUAAGCCUGGAACUUCUAAUAAUGAUUCUUCUGGUCACCCAGAAAGGAAGGUGAUCACCGCGGAGCUGAGCCAUAAUUCAGUCCUUAUACAGUGGGUUUUAGACAGGAACAUUCCUGGAAUCCGGAUGUACCAGGUGCAGUAUAACAGCUCCACAGAUGACAGCUUGAUUUACAGGUAA